AUGGCAGAAUCAGUAAUUGCAUUCCUUGGACAAGAUUUGAAAUAACUCGCUUAAACUCAUGAUGAUUUCACAGAACACAAACAAAGCGAAUUGAGAAAAGCUAUGAAGUAAUGUUCAACUGACUUCGAGUACCCUCUAGACAAGCCAUAUGAUACUGAGCACGAUAAUUUCAAGUUCUUUGCUCUCUGCUUAAGAAACCAAGUAUAUCUUAACCCAGUAUUGAAUCAAUCAAAAGGAUCCAAUCAAAACCAUGAUUUCAUGUUCUACAGUGAUUACAAUGAAGCCCAUCAUAAUCAAUCUGCAAACGAAAACUCGGAUGAAGAUUCAUCAAGUCAUUACCAAAAAGAGAAUUAAUAUUUGAAUCAAAACUAGUCAACAGAGUUACAUAAUCUAGUAUCAAAUGCUGCGCUUCAAAUGAACUAUGAUAAGAAAGUUAAGUUUGCAGAUCAAUUGGCUUUCAAGAUUGACUAACCUCAUUUAUUCAAAGCAGAGGAGCCAAUACCUAUAGAAUUCAAAAACAAUAUGAAACCAGGACUACCAUAGCCAAAAUCAAAAGGCAAAAAAGGUAAAAAGUCAAAAUAAAAUAAUUCCUUUGUUCCUCCUUAUAUGAAAAAAAGACCUCAAUCAGCAUAGAAAAAAGCAAAGCCACUACCUUCAGCAUCUGAUUGGAAUUAAGAUACGAGGCCUGAUAAAUACUUUGAUAUCAACAUAGACCCCAAAGCUAAGAGGUAGCAAGAAAAAGAGUAAAACGAGCGAAUCUAGAAAAAACAACUCUCUGUAAAUCAAACUUCUAUUGUUGUGGAUAAAAAGUAUGAUGAGGGUAAACUUGAAAUUGGAUUCUUAAAGAAAAAUGGACAAGUUGGCUCAAAAUUUGAGAUUUACAAAGAUAUUGACCAUUUAGUAGACAAUAAGCAGAUGAAUUAUGCUGCAACAGGCUAUUCAAUUAAGAAUGUCAUGAAAUAAGUCUCCCCUCCCAAAAAGAGGUUAGUCUCAACAGUGUCCCAGAAUCAAAUAAGUUAGGGAAAGACUGGAAAAAUUAUGAUUGCUUAAAGUGAAGAAGAAUUUGAUUCAAAGAAUACCUCUACUUAGCUCUUAAAUGCAAGAUCUUAAUAACUUGGAUACCAAUUUCCUGGUACAGAUUUCAUAGCAUAAGCUGGUGAUGUCGACAUCAAAAUGUAGCAACUGAUAGCACAGACCUUACAGUCAAAAGAAUAAAUGAUUAAAGCUCUGGAAGAUGAGCUGAAUAAUGAGAAAUAAAGAAGGGAAGAAAUCAGUUCUGCUUUCAAGAAGUAAUUGAAAGAUUUUGAAGAUGAAAGAGAUGCUAUUGAGAAAAUUAGAAACGCUAGUAAUUAGCUAGAAAAGAAGUAAAAAAUAGAAUCAUUCUCAAAGUAAUCCAAUAGAGAAGGCAAUGAAAGUGAAUUGGAUAUGAUACCUACAAAGGAAAAGCCAGCUGGGAAGACUAGUUAAUCAGCUAGGAGUAUUUAAAGUUCAAACAGGGCUAAGAAAUCUUCAAAGUAAAGCGAGAUGUCUUAUAGACCUGAUAGAGUAAAGUCUUCAAUCCCUAAAGUUGUGACUGAAUCAAAGCAGUCAAAGAAGACAAAUUAGUCUAAUAAUAAUUACCUUGAAUAGCUAAAACAGUAAGAAGUGGAAAGAGCCUUUAAGAUGAGAGACGAUGAGAUCAUUCAAACAUAAAUCAUCAAGAAAUUACAGGAUCAUCCGAAUCAACACCUUAAUGAAUUACAAAAUGAAGUGGCACUCCUGAAUAGAAAAGUAGAACCACUUCUAAAAAGAGUGGAGGCGGCUGCUAAUAAUAUCAAAAUAGCUGGAGGCUCAGCCAAGCAUAAGCAACUUCCUGGUUCUCUGGGUAUGCUAUCUAAAAUGGGAGGAAGAAUGAUCAAUUUCUAUGCAGAUGACAUCACUGAAUUACUGCUAGAAGACUUUCUCUUAGAAACAGCUUUAGAACUUCAAAGGCUCGAGCAAAGCUAACUCAAAGAUUAUAGUAAUGAAGAAGCCAAAUUUUUAGCGUAAAACUUACUGAAAACUUUGGUUGAUUAUCAAAAUGAUGAGCAGCUAGCUAAACUAAAAUUAGUAGAUCCUAAAGGUGAGAAAUCUCUACACAAAGCAUACAACCUAAGCAAACUUCAACGAUAAGACCCUUAGCCACUAAUGUUCAAUCUAAACGAAGACUUAAAUCAUCAUUUUGAUCACGAUGAAUCGAAUGAGUUCUAAUUACAGCAGAAUAACUAAUCUGCUAAGUAUCAGUACUAGAACCCAUUUAACUAAAAAACCGCUUCUCAUAAAGCUGGUCCUGUUGAUGCUUUCUCUAAAAAGAUUGCUGAGUUAUCUGGUACUGCACCUGAUGUAUCCUAUAAUAUGAUGACUAAAAUUGAAGAUAAGAACAAACGAGCUCAGCAUAUUGAUAGUAAUCUUAACGGCAUCACAAUCCAAGGCAUUUCUGAUCCAAAUAUACCUAUCUAAAGAAAGUACAAAAUAGAGAUGAAGGAAGAGACGAUAAAUAAUAUAAUUUUGCAGAGGGAGAAAUUUGAAAAGUUUCUAAAGAUGCAUAACAACACUGCCAAUAAAGAUGUUUGGAAGAUAUAUGAUCACAUCUCAGAUGACAUCUUUCACGAGAUAUACGCUCAAGCUAUCAAGGAAGUCAGCAAAGAUAUGGAGGAAUAUAUUGAGAAAGUUAUAUAUGAUGAAUUUUAACUUUGA